GUGGUGAGGCGGGAGAGUCCCGAGGCUGCCGGGGAACUCCCCUUCCGCGAUAGCGCUCGGUGAGUAAGCGCUGGGAGCGCACCUGGCCGGGCGGCCGGGCCGGGGCAGCGGCCAGGGGAGAGCGGCGGCGGCUCCGAAACGGAGGACACACGGAGCCCUCCCAGCAGAUGCAGAGCGGGUUCUGGAGCUGGUGGCAUUGCCUCUGAAGAUUUUUGAUGCAGAUCUCAUGCUGUACUUACAUCAUGGACAAUUUUAAGAUGAAGGUUUGAUAGCUGCACUGGAUCACUGACUGAGGUUCCCCUCUAAAUUAUAACACUGAAAACAAUGGCAACAGAAUGUAUAAAAACCUGCUGUAAACUGUGUUUCUGCAUGGACAAGGAAAAAGAUGAUCCAGUUUCCAUGGUGCAGGAAUCUGAAGCAGUAGCUGCAAGCAAGCCAACUAUUGUAGAGCAGCCUCCAUUGUCUUCUGUGUCAGUGAAGCGUCAAGUUGGCUGUUCUGAGGAUUAUUUGCUUUCUAAACUGCCCCUGGAUGGUCAGGAGGUACCAUUUGUGGUCCCUCCAUUCAAACUGGCUUAUGUACAGCCAAAGAACCUUCCCAGCAUCUCACAUGCUGGAGGGACUAAAGAGUCAGCCAGAGCCUCGUUUGGUGGCCGGAAGGCAGAACUGCACAGCGUGUACCAGUGGCCCCACUACGACGUGUACAACCCCUUCUAUCUGGAGCAUCGGGUUUCACCAGAUCUCAUCAGGCGCUUCCAAGCAAAAUCAGAUAGUAGGAAAUUAUAUGGAUCAGUUAGUGAUUUAAGACCCAGUGCUUUGCCAGGAUGCCAUGAUGUAAGUCGUUCGAUGUUUGAUCUCAGGAGCCCACCUCACCGAUUCAUGAAGAGAUAUGAUUCAGUCUCCAGUGUACCUAGCAGCACCUCCUCCAGGAAGGAUUCGCAAGGCAGUAACAGGAGUCUGGAUACUAUUACAUUAUCAGGUGAUGAACGAGACUUUGGAAGACUGAAUGUGAAGUUGUGUUAUCUUUCUUCAGUAGAACAGAUUUGGAUCACAAUUUUACAUUGCAAAGACCUGAGCUGGCCUUCUAGCUGUGGGGAAAAUCCUCGUAUCUGUGUCAAGGGAAUUAUCACACUGCCCAAGCCUGUGCAUUUCAAAUCUUCUGCCAAGGAGGGCUGCAAUGACAUUGAAUUUAUGGAAACUUUUGUUUUUGCUAUUAAACUGCAAAGCCUGCAGGCUGUCAGAUUGGUAUUUAAAAUCCAGACACAGACUCCCAGGAAAAAAACUAUUGGAGAAUGUUCCUUGGCACUGCGGGAGCUGAGCUCACAGGAGUCGAAUCAUUGGCUGGAUAUAUCUCCUCCUUCCAAAGCACCUGUGUGCCGUGCAGAACUUCAAAUAGGAACUUGUUUUCAAGCAAUAAACAGGAGGAUACAGUUACAGAUUCUUGAAGCACAAAACCUUCCUGUUUCAUCUAUGCCAUUGUCUUCAAAUUUCUUUGUGAAAGUUGGAAUGUUUAGUACAGAAGGGAUCAUCUAUAAAAAGAAGACUCGCCUUCUGAAGUCCACUAAUGGCCAAGUGAAGUGGGGAGAAAUGAUGUUUUUUCCAGUCAGCCAAGCAGAACAAGGAAUUAGCUUUCUCAUCAAGCUCUACAGCAAAAGCUCAGUGAGAAGAAAGCACUUCCUAGGACAGAUCUGGUUAAGUUCUGAUAGCAGCAACAGUGAAGCAGUAGAGCAGUGGAAAGAUACCAUUGCAAACCCUGAAAAAGUUGUUGUUAAAUGGUACAGCAUUGGUCCAUCUUGAAGACUGGAGAUGAAACUCAGAACUGAUUUUUCUACACAAAUUCAUAUGCUGUCUAAAAUAGUAUAAAUAAAAGGAAAGAUAUUGUCUAUGCAAGCUCUUCAGAAGUUCUCCACUGCAUCAUGCCUCUGUGGAAACAGAAAAUUCAGUUUCACCAAGAGAAAUACUGGCUAAAUACUAUCAGAAAGAAGACUUAGGAACUGGAAAAAGUGCUCAUUUGAUUUCACAAAAUCCAUCUUGAAAAAAAGAUGUUUGCCCCUUUUGGACUUCAUAAAAGCACAGAAAUUCAAUUUUGGAGAGAAGCAGCUUGAAUCAAUUCUGUUUCAUUGGCCACUGACAUCAGGCUCAUCUGCAGUGCUGUCUUUGGCAGACUCCAAAGUCCAGGGUAUGGGUAGUGUCAGAGGCUUGAUUCUGGGUACCUGUGAGCCUUUGGGGUUAUUGACACCAUUUGAUCAGAAUAACAUGGGCCUGAGCAAGUGGGGAAGCUGUGGCAUCAGGAGAAGGCAUAAAGGGAAGUACAGAAUAAGGCAGUACCCACAGGAUUUUCUAAUCUCCAUUUUGGAUGAAGGGUUGUUCAGAAGGCUGAGCUUGUCCCUACCCUGUCCUUAAAACAGAGAGAUGGAAAGACAAAAGUUCUGCUGACUUUGUGAUCUUUACAAGGGGGGCCCUACAGACUUGCUCUGUUUGGGUAAAUUCUGGCUGGAAUCAAUGGAAUAGUACAAAGAGGCAAUGACCCUGCCUAGGAUCAGAGCCAGGAUUUUUAAGAUUGCUUUCUUAUAGAGAAUACUUAUAUGUAAACCACUUCCUAAAUAGUCAACAUGCCCUAGCAUUUGCUUACAUUGCCAAAACACAGGCUAAUAUGUACAAAGGAGUAGGCAAAGAUUUACUGACUUACGUGCUUUUUGAUAUUAAUUAAAAUGCAGCACUAUAAGGGAUUCGGACUUUGUUUAAAGGAUGGGCUGCUACUGCAGAAGUAUUUGUUACAUGUCUAGGAUGCUAAAAAAUUAUGUGUGGAAGUAUAUUUUUAUUACUUGUUUCUAGUAAGAAGAAAUUACCAUAUUUUUUAUUUCAAAUUGUAUUUUUCCAACAAAAUCCUAAGACUAUAUUUUCUGUUAGUUCCCAUAUUUUCAGGUGUUCAUUCACAGUUAUUUUUAAGGGGGGAAAAUACCAAGUAUAUAAUUGAUAAUGUAUAAAUUUAAAAGAACAGACCUCUUUGCACUACUUCAACUACCUGAUUAAAAAAUACAUACAUAUUUCAUUAACUCCACAUAAAUACUGUUGGCUGUCUGGACUGUACAAAUAUGUAUGUUUGUAUAGAUGCAGAAUAAAUCUACCUUUCUUCAUGACUUUAAGGAACUAGAGUGGGACUGAGAGCACUCACUGCUGGAAGGCAAAGGAAUAUGGGGAGCAGAGAAAAUGCUGUAACAGGAAAGCACAUCCUCUCCAAGCAAUACAGCUCGGAGCACCUUUAUUUCAAGUUUUUUGUCUUUGAGUAUCAGGAAAAAAUGGAAUCACUUAGAAUUGUUUCUUUUCAUCAGUUGAUAACUGAAACUUUCAAAACUUCAACCAUUCAGAUAGUUGUUGUUGGAAUUUAAUAUUUUGAGAACAGAAAUAUUUUCAGACUCAUACAUAUUCUGUCCAGUCAUUUUUGACCAGUCAUUAUAAAAAAACUGAAAAAAGAUUUUGCAUGUUACUUGGUAAACAAACAUUGGUUCUAGCUCUUACUCUUUGCAAAGCUCCCAGUAGGUCCAGAAGAUCUUGACUGACACUGAUAAUUUUCAGCCAGUUAAAAGAGUUGAGAGGAGCCUGGCCUGCUGGGUAAAAUGAAAAAAGUAAGUGGGGUGAACUGAUAUUUUUGGAGUAUCUUUAUUUGAAUACAUGGAUCUUUUUUAUUCAUUGUGGCUGAACAUUUUAUUCAUUGUGGCAAUAAACAAAAGUGCAAACUAACUGUUUCCUGAUGCAGAAGGCUGUUCUGUUUAAAAGAGGACAGGGAAUAUCCCAGUGUUUUGUAGACUUCAAUUACCACAGCAGUGGUUCUAGAGAGUUUGCCAACUCAGUGGAUGCUAUAUAAAAUGGAUUUCUGGGGCUGGUUUAGGACACUUACCCUUCUAAAGGCCUAACUAGUCUCUUUUUUUUUGUUGUUUGUUUUUUGCUAUGUUAAUAUUUAAUCUAUAUGUUUAUAAUAAAAGCUAUGAACAGCAAAUAUUCCUCCUUUUUUCCCAUUUGUUUAUACUAAUGUUUAGCAGUCUCUCAAAGUGAAGUUCAGUUCCUACUUUUUCUCUGAGAAAAUGCCAGCUAACACACACUGUUUCAUGUAGUGCUGUCUGUAGGGGAGUUAACUGCUGACACACAGAGGAGAUCCAUAAGGUUUCUCCAUGCAAGAUGCACACAGGUACUGCAGCAAUCUGAGGCACUGCUUCAUCCUGUGCCCAUUCCCAGGCUUUGACAUGUUCUGCAUUUGUUUGCAUUCAUGUAAGAAUUCAAUGAGUUAACAGCUGACAUGCAAGAAGAAGGAAAAAGAGGUGUGGGACACUCUUCUAAUGGUCACAGCUGUAUGUUGUCCCUCUAAAGCAUCCUUAGCCACUAUUUUGAUUGUUACAUCCAAGUUUACCGUCACUGAAAAUACUGUUAAUGCUAUAUUGUCAGUUCACAUUAUUUGUAGAUAAAAGGCACACAUGGUUUAUAGUUGGAUUUGCUCUUGCUUCUAGUUAGUGACUCACCCGGUUUCCCAACCUAAAACAAUUCUGAUGAAAGCAGCUGAGAUUCAGAUCUGCACCAGUUUUAUUUUGGUCAGCUCCCAAAUGGAUGUGGAUGAACUGAAAGAACAAUUAUGAUCUUAUAUUAAAUGUUAUUCAUACAGAGAUCUGUGCCUGCAUAGUUAGAAAACAGCCAUAGACUAAACUUGAUCAGAUUUUCCAAAAUGUAUGUAUAUAAUUUAGCUGGUUAAUCAAACAAACCUGUUUUAUUUAUUUAUUACUAUUCUGUAUGUAAAUAAGGUCAACAAAUUUAUUUUUCAAGUUUUUAUAUCUCAGUGACACACCAGAGCAUUCUUUUUAAGGAAAAAAAUGUGAGAUUCUACCACAGAAGAUAAAUGGGUGUAACAGUUUGUAAACCACAUUGUCAUACAAUAUUACUUGGAAAAUAAUUGUAUUUGAGCAACUGAUCUUAUGUGAUCACAACUAAAUAGAGCAAUGUUGUUAAAUCCAUUAGGCAUCUCUGUUUUUCCUUUUGUUGGCAGAACAUCUGUAUAAAAUAAAAGGUGAUUUUGUAAGCAUUCAAUUAAGUACA